CUCAGCCCGAGAAGAGGCUCCACGCCGGGCGGGGAUGGGGCCUGGAACCAUCUGGGUCUGAGCGGGGGGCGCUGGCGCCUCUUGUCCCUCACCCUCCCCAGGACCCUUGAGAUCCUGGGCCAUAGAGGCCCGGUCAGACUAAGGGCCUGGGGAUGACCCUGCCUGGCCCCCUUGCCCUGACUGGCAGGGGGGCCGGGCUGGGCAGCAGCCUCCCUCUCACAGCAGCCAUGGAUCUCCUGCCCCCCAAGCCCAAGUACAACCCACUUCGGAAUGAGUCUCUGUCAUCGCUGGAGGAGGGGGCUUCAGGGUCCACCCCACCGGAGGAGCUGGCUUCCCCGUCGGCCUCGUCCCUGGGGCCCAUCCUGCCACCUCUGCCUGGGGAUGAUAGUCCCACUACCCUGUGCUCCUUCUUCCCCCGGAUGAGCAACCUGAAGCUGGCCAACCCAGCUGGGGGGCGCCCGGGGCCCAAGGGGGAGCCAGGAAGGGCAGCUGAGGAUGGGGAGGGGAUCGUAGGGGUGGCCGUGCCAGACUCAGGCCCCCUGCCCCCCCUCCAGGACAUGAACAAGCUGAGUGGAGGCGGCGGGCGCAGGACUCGGGUAGAAGGGGGCCAGCUGGGGGGCGAGGAGUGGACCCGCCACGGGAGCUUUGUCAAUAAGCCCACGCGGGGCUGGCUGCAUCCCAACGACAAAGUCAUGGGACCCGGGGUUUCCUACCUGGUUCGGUACAUGGGCUGUGUGGAGGUUCUGCAGUCAAUGCGUGCCUUGGACUUCAACACCCGCACCCAGGUCACCAGGGAGGCCAUCAGUCUGGUGUGUGAGGCUGUGCCCGGUGCCAAGGGGGCGACAAGGAGGAGAAAGCCCUGUAGCCGCCCGCUCAGUUCCAUCCUGGGGAGGAGUAACCUGAAAUUUGCGGGGAUGCCAAUCACUCUCACCGUCUCUACCAGCAGCCUCAACCUUAUGGCCGCAGACUGCAAACAGAUCAUCGCCAACCACCACAUGCAGUCUAUCUCCUUUGCGUCCGGUGGGGACCCGGACACAGCUGAGUACGUCGCCUAUGUUGCCAAAGACCCGGUGAAUCAGAGAGCCUGCCACAUCCUGGAGUGUCCCGAAGGGCUCGCUCAGGAUGUCAUCAGCACCAUCGGCCAGGCCUUCGAGUUGCGCUUCAAACAAUACCUCAGGAACCCGCCCAAGCUGGUCACUCCUCAUGACAGGAUGACUGGUUUUGAUGGCUCAGCUUGGGAUGAGGAGGAGGAAGAGCCACCUGACCACCAGUACUAUAACGACUUCCCCGGGAAGGAACCCCCUCUUGGGGGAGUGGUGGACGUGAGGCUUCGGGAAGGAGCCCCCCUGGGGGCUCCUCGACCCACUCCACCCAUUGGCCAGACCCCCAGCCACCUGGGAGCAACGCUGCCGGUGGGGCAGCCUGUUGGGGGAGACCUAGAAAUUCGCAAACAGAUGCCACCUCCACCGCCCUGUGCAGGUAAAGAGCUCUUCGAUGAUCCUUCGUAUGUCAACGUCCAGAACCUAGACAAGGCCCGGCAAGCAGGGGGUGGGGCUGGGCCCCCCAAUCCUGCCAUCAAUGGCAGCACGCCCCGAGACCUCUUUGACAUGAAGCCCUUCGAAGAUGCCCUUCGGGUGCCUCCGCCUGCCCAGGCCGUGGCCAUGGCUGAACAGCUCCGAGGGGAGCCUUGGUUCCACGGGAAGCUGAGCCGGCGGGAGGCUGAGGCUCUGUUGCAGCUCAACGGGGACUUCCUGGUGCGAGAGAGCACGACCACUCCAGGACAGUAUGUGCUCACUGGCUUGCAUAGUGGGCAGCCCAAGCACCUGCUGCUGGUGGACCCAGAGGGCGUGGUUCGGACAAAGGAUCACCGCUUUGAGAGUGUCAGCCACCUCAUCAGCUACCACGUGGACAAUCACUUGCCCAUCAUCUCUGCGGGCAGUGAACUAUGUCUGCAGCAGCCCGUGGAGCGGAAGCUGUGAUCCAUCUCAGUGCUUUCUCCCCGAAGGGGCGCUCCCACCCCUUCCACCCUAUUCCUUGAUUCUCAGGACCUCAUUUGGGAGUGUUCUGUGGGCUUGGCCUUGUGGUGGAGCCCGGAAUAGUGUGGACACAGUUCAGCAUCCGGCUGAAUGUGAGGGUUUGUCAAUAGCCGGGGGUAGAAUCCUGUUUCUCCCCAAACUUUACCAAAGUAUUACUGUACAGAGUGGCUCCCUUCCCUGGGCCUUUCCUGUGCCAAUCUGAUACCCCCUUCCCCAAGAAGGCGGGUGCUUGAGGCCUAGGCAGUGUGCCUCCUUGAAGUGAGAAAGGCCUAAUGGGGCAAUCACCUUUCCAGGGAAGGGGGAAUGAAUCAUGCCUUUGGUCUACCCCUGGGCUCAGGGUACCCCCGACGCCUCUCAACAGCCCUCCCUCCAAAUGGUUAAACUUUGUGCCUUUGACCAUGUCCUAGGUCUGAAGAUACUUUAUGCAAAGAGUUCUUGAGCCCCUGAGGUUGAGGGUGGGGGUGCUGACACCUUCUUGGCUUCUGGGACCCUGUCCUCUCCUUGCUCAGCACCCCCUCCAGUUUGGGUUGGGAGAACAGAGGCAGGAAUGGCAGCUGUCCCCUCUCCCUGGGGAUAGGCAACCCUUAGAGAUUGCCUCAGAGCCCCCCUUCCUGGCCAGCGGGGGGGGAUGGACCCCUCCCUUGCUCAGUGCCUCCUGGCCGGGGGGGGGGGGGCCCUCACUCAAGGGGUCUGUAUAUACAUUUCGUAAGUCGUCCCCCCCCCACGUUGCAUGCAUAUUAUACUCUACAGCCAAAGCAUAGUCCUUGGU